UUUCUAUUAUCAAUCAAAAAAAUUAUUUUUACAUAACAAUAAAAAAUGGGUAAAAGUGUAACGUUUUGUGAACUCUUGUUGCGACAGGAAAUGCAUGAUUUUUUUUUUGCAUUAUACGUUACUUACUUUGGUCAAAUUACGCAAUGCUGAGUUUGCAAACAUUGUGUAUGGGUUAAGAGCACAAGUCUUAACGAAAGAGGACAGUACUGAAAAAUCAGCGAAAUGAAGAAGGUCAAGUUAGGACAUGUGCUGCAAAAAUGUACAGAUCUCAUCGAGGAGGAUCAGCCUCUACUUUUUUCAGAAGAAGACUAUGAAAAAGGAAAUUGUCAACAAAUUCAUUACGAGACGGUGAUCACUCAAGGUGCUGUUAAAUUUAUGGAAAAAUGGCCAUCGCAUUUGUUUGCAACUUUUUUGGCAGGGUGCUUUAUUGUCGCCAUAAUUUUUAUAUUUAUUCUGAUCACGGUUAUUUUCUCGAUACCUGCUGAUCAUCACAGAUGUCGAAAAGCGAGAAACGUGGAGAUAGAAGAAUCUCACAACGUCUACUUUGUUAAACAUGAAAAUCGCACGUGGUCUCGGAAGGAAUUAUGCUACAUGGAAACAGCUGCACGGAGGCAUCCGGAUUUACACGUUUAUAUGAUAAAUCUAGUAUCUGAAAAUCCACAGGAAAAUGAAAGUCAAGUCUCUCCUCGAGUUAUUGAGAAACAAGAGCUCAACUCGUUUUCAGGUUUCAUAAACCUUUCAGAACAAGAAAAAAGUUUUGCAAUAUCAAGAACAUUAAAACCGGAAAUGAUUCUUAGAAAAAAGAUUGCUUAUUACAAUUCUAAUGUUCGAAACAUCGAUCUAUCAACUGAAUGGUUCUUUGAAGGAUCAAUGCUCUCCAAUGUUUAUAAAAUGUUAAGUUCCGAAAUGGUGGAAAUUGCAGCCAAGAUUUAUCUUUUGUGGAAUUAUCCAGGUGUGGCUUUGAAUCCUGUGAUGCACAAUAGUCUCAAUGAUUUGCAGCAAUAUUUUUGCGACAAAACUAAGGACUUCGAUUUCACGAUAGAACUUAAAGGAGAAUUACAAGCAUCAGGUAUUCCAUGCCACGCCUUCGCCGGAUUUUUAAUGCAAGAAAUAAUCAAAAAUCGAUUUUUCGAUCAGCAACACGGACUCAAGCGAGCUCUAAACGAUUUUUGUCCCAGAAUCCAACAAUGCCCAGGAGUCAGGAUAUUAAAAAUAAAGUCAAAUUAUUUAUCGAGUGGACUUUUCUGUCCGACAAUUUACCCUGAUGGUCUUUUCACCGACUUUGAAGACGUUUUUCAAAAAACAGAAGACUUGACAAUACAUUAACCUGAUAAUAUAUUUUAGAAAAUGAUUGACGAAGAUUAAGUUAUGAAUCAAAAUUUUAUAAUAAAAACUUUAUUAUUAAAAAACUUGUAUAACGAAAGUUAAAAAAUCCAUUUAGCAAAUAUUAUAUGUAUAAAAUUAUCUACAAAUUGUGAUUCCUUCAGGACAGGAAAUUUUUUAUUUGAAUGUUCUGUAUUCGUAGAGUCGCAGAACUCCGAGCCAAACCCACAAUUCUCCUACUGCGAAAAAAAUUGUAUA